UCUCUCUCUCUCUCCUCUCUAUUUCUUCAACCUCUACCUCCUAAAGAAAACACCCUGAAGAACUGCUCCUUCCAAUUCCUACUCCUGUUCAGCAACAAAAUCUCCAUUUUUUUUUUCAGGCAAAAACAGACACCAUCUUCCUGAAACUCUCUCCCUAGAUCGAUGGCAGGGGAAGAGGAAAAGAAGGAGACGCCCCCGAACUUCUGGGGGCACAUGCCGGAGGAUGAGUACUACGCGUCGCAAGGGGUGCGCAACUCCCAGUCCUACUUCGAGACCCCAAACGGCAAGCUCUUCACGCAGAGCUUCCUUCCCUUGGAUCAGGAAGUCAAGGCCUCGGUCUACAUGACCCACGGCUACGGAUCCGACACCGGCUGGCUCUUCCAGAAGAUCUGCAUCAACUUCGCCACCUGGGGCUACGCCGUCUUCGCCGCCGAUCUCCUCGGCCACGGCCGCUCCGACGGCCUCCGUUGCUACAUGGGUGACAUGGAGAAGAUCGCUGCCACCUCCGUAUCGUUCUUCACCCACGUCCGCAAGAGCGAGCCCUACAAGGACCUGCCGGCCUUCCUGUUCGGCGAGUCCAUGGGCGGGGCGACGACAAUGCUGAUGUACUUCCAAUCCGAGCCCGACACAUGGACGGGAUUGAUCUUCUCGGCGCCGCUCUUCGUGAUCCCGGAGAACAUGAAGCCCAGCAAGGUACGGCUGUUCCUCUACGGCAUGCUCUUCGGGGUCGCCGACACGUGGGCGAGCAUGCCGGACAACAAGAUGGUGGGGAAGGCCAUCAAGGACCCCGAGAAGCUCAAGAUCAUCGCGUCGAACCCGCGGAGGUACACGGGCAAGCCGAGGGUCGGCACGAUGAGGGAGAUCGCCCGGGUGUGCCAGUACAUACAGGACAACUUCGCCAGGGUGAGCGCCCCGUUCCUGACGGUCCACGGGACGUCGGACGGGGUCACGUGCCCCACCUCGUCGCAGCUCCUGUACGAGAAGGCGUCCAGCUCGGACAAGACCCUGAAGCUGUACGACGGGAUGUACCACUCGCUGAUCCAGGGGGAGCCCGACGAGAACGCCGACCGGGUGUUGGGCGACAUGAGGGAGUGGAUCGACGAGCGGGUCGCGAGGUACGGGCCGAAGAUCGCCUGAGAGCUCGAGCAUGCCCGUCUUUCGUUUGUUAGCUUCUCUCGCCGGGCGUGUUGAUCAUAACGAAAGUGUCCAUUUAAUUCUGAUUAUUGAGAUGGAGGGGGUCUGUACGUUUGGUUAUAAUCUAAAUACUACAGUAAAGGUUGCAAUGUUCAUCAAA